AUGGAAAAUGGAAGCCGGGAUAAAGCAAAAGCAACAGCCGCAGCACUCCUUGAGGAUGAGAGUUUCAUUGUCAAGUAUCCAGCGCUGGCGCGGGCUCUCAGAGAGUCUGUGGAGUCUGUGGCAGCUGACUGUGCCAGCGAAAUCUGUAGCCGUGCUGCUCCGCAGAGUGCAACGAGGCAACAGGAAGCAGCUAGCAUAUCGCCACCAACCACAGAAAUGCAACAUGGAGCAUCGUUGCUUGGAGGAACCUUUCCGGACUCUGCUGCAACUGCUUCCUGCACUACAGCAGACCGGAACGUACCUGCGUCAUCGGACACUGGCACAACGCAGCUCCCCGUAGAGGCGCAUCAGCUCUCCAUGAAGUCCCCAUCCACAUCAUUGACGCCGAAUGGCGCUUCUAGUGUGGAGCAGCAUGCUGUGCCACACUCAACAGCGCAGCCUAAGCAAGAGCCUACAGCGCAUUCCACCCAUGAGAUGCCCUGCACAAAUGGCAUGCCACAGGACGUAGCGGGAGAAAAAGCAGCAGCUGUUACUGGGAAUGCUGCAUCCAGUACUAGUGGCGUGGAAAGGGCUAUGGACCCUCCAUUGCACUAUAUGAAACGGUUAGAGGAAUUGCAACAAGGGUACAUGCGUAUUAUGCAACAGCGGAGCUCCGUAGAACUACAGUACCAUCUUCUUCACAGUACAGGACGUCCCCUCUUAGGCACCCGGCCCCCCGGCCCCCUGGCGCUGAGUUCGUCGCCAUCAUUUAUGCUUCCGUGCACCUCAGCUCGUCCUCUAGGGCCUUUGAACGUGAACGAAUGGCAGCAAGGCACCAGAGAACAGCAGCAACAGCAGCAGGCAAUCAUGCAGCUUCAGCGGGUCUCUCCCCCCAUCGUCCCAAUGCGUUUGCAGCGCACACCGGCAGAAAGCACCCCCACAGCACUGCUCCCGACUAGUGGAACAGAAAGUUUUGCCGACCGCACCGCGUCUCUGUACCAACUGCAGCAGCAUUUGCACCAAGAAAAGCCACGCCCAACAGUGGAUCCUGCAGUUUUAUACGAGAAGACAGGUAUGGACUUGGCUGUCCAGCACUUAAGAGACCAAGCAGAACGGAUGCAUGCGCAAAGCCGCGAUAUAACGAGAGUGAUUAUCCAGAAGAAGCAGCAAGCGGAACUUGAAGCCCUCAAAGAGAAGAAUGCGCAUCCUCUCCUGACGGAACUGACCUUGGAGCAGCAGCGUCUGAUUGAAGAGCAGCUUCGAUGCAUAGAUGAGGCACGCGGAGACAUCGCACUGGCUCAAGCGGAAGCCGCUCGUAUUGAACAGAGGAGCCGCGAUGCUUUCUAUCAUGCAGCAUACGCUGAGAAUGCAGACCCCGAGUUGGUUAAACUGCACGCCGAGCGUAUGAAGGAGAUAACCGCCAUUCAAGCGACAAGCCCGCUGCCAACUCAGUCCUUGACGACGCGUGCCGUGGCUGAGGGGCUUGCAGACCCUCUUGAUGAAAUGGCAGAGCGCAAUGUAGAUUUCAGAGAGCAAAGAUUAUCAGCUGCGGCUGCUCAGCUUGCCGUCACUCGGAUGCUGCGCAACUUGGGUUACAGACAGGAUACAGAGGGCGGUGUACCUGUGCGCCGUGGGGAUGGCCCUGCAGUAUACAAAUCUAAGUUUCCCGGUAUAUAUCCGGAACCCGAGUAUGCAAAUGCAUUGCCUGUAAGUCAACAAGCUAGACGGGAGCUGUUCCUCAAAAUGCAGCAAGAGGAUGGAAAAGUGCGCUCUUUUGGGGAUUUUGUAGAGGAGGCCAACAGGAAAGAGGCUGACAGCAUACGGAGUCUGAUGAGGGAAGAAGAACAGAUGAUGCAAGUACAAAGAGAAAGGCGAGAAGAAGAUGACGAAUGGGCCAGGAUCUGCCUGAGCAAACUUCACUCAAAAAACAUUGCCCUGCAGGAAGCUGACGAAGCACGUGCCGAGGUUGCAGAGGCCAAGAGGUCCUUGGAAGAAUUGCGCAGAAGAGAAGAGCAGCUGAUAGCAGAGCGGGACGCUAUGAGUGAACUAGCCCGAAAGCGGGAGGAGGAGGCGGCUCGUGCAGUUGAAGAAGCAGAAAGGCAAGCAGCAGCAGCGGCAGCAGCAGCAGCAGCAGCAGCAGCAGCAGCGAGCAAAGCCCCAAGCCGUUCCGCAACUCUAACAGUGGAGGCAGCUGCGGGGUGUAUUCCACGACGCGGCGCAUCUGCACUCAGCCGAUCACGCACAGUUUCGCUCUCACGAGCACCACAUUCACCGUCCGAACGCCUUGACGGAACUCCUAGCAGAGCUCCAAGCAAGGAAGUUCUAGCGAAUGAUACAGCUCCCCGCCUGAACAACACAGUACAAGAUUCCUUUGAGAUUGCGGCUCCUAAACGGUUGCAUGCGGCGAUUCCUCAGCAAGGCAGGCGGAAAGGAGAACUUCUAAAUAAUGCAUUAGCAGAGCGAUUGCCGCCGUACAGAUGCGAAGAAUUCGUCUUCCUUUCCCCUCCUGUCGAAGCUACGCCUGCCAAACUAAAAUUUUUGUAUUCACAACUGAAGAAGGUUUUUGCUUCAGGAGAGUUGGGUAGCUCUGAGCACGUCCAGCUGGUGUACGAUUUCGCAGUUGGCUGCUGUCAGGAAUUCGUUCGAGAUGAUCCGGCUUCACAGGAAUAUGCAAACGCUCUUAUACAGUCUCUACCUUACUAUCCAUACCAGAUUGACAUCCAGCGUGCAGGGAUAAUCGGCCUCCUCAACAUUUUUGAAUCGUCCAAGUUCCAGGAGCAUCUGGCACCUCCGAUCUUUGAAACGCUGACCACCCUCAUGGCUAUAGAUGACAAGGAGCUAAGAUCAGACAUCAUUGCUGUGAUGGCAGCUGUUGUCAUCAAUACUGAUUUGGUGGACUUGAUUCUGCAGCAGAUAGAUGAGUCAUCAGAUUGUGAGGUUGUCGCCUUCUGCAUCCACAUCCUGAUUGUUGCCCGAUCACCUCAUCGCAAGAGCAUGCAGUAUUCCGUCUUUCUUAAGGCACUUGGGAAAUGGAAGCAUGAACCGAUUGUGCUAACACGGGCAUGCCUAGCAAUAGAUGCUGCUGGCCAGAGGGCUCAGCUUGAGGGUUUGGCAGCACACGAGAGGAACAAGCAGGGGAGCUCAAGACUACGCCUAGAAGAAGGCUACGAACAUCUGCGGAGACCACCUAGUUACUCCGAGGACGUUCAGCUAUUCGAGUCCGUCACUCCCAAAUGGAUGCCCGAUGAUGCCAGCGACGUGGACAAGGUCGUAGAGGUCAUGCAGCUGCACGCAAACAACCGGAAGCUCCAGGGUGCAGCCUGCCAAGCAAUUGCUUCAUUGGCUCGUGCCUCUCUCCGUCAUUGCAAGCAUGUGGCUCGAACUAUAUUUGGUCGUCUGACACUCAACAUCAUUAUCACCGCCCUCAAAGACAGCAAAGAUGCAUUCACCCUUUGCGCCAACGUGAAUGAAUUUAUCGCAACCUUCAGCUAUCACGUGAAUUCCCUGGCUGACGCAAGGAAGAGAGUUGUCGAGCUAGGGGUAAUUGAAGCGAUUAUCAAGAGCAUGACCGCUUGCGCUAACGAUGCUUUGGUGUGCGCAUACGGCUGCCGUGCGAUAUCACGCUUGGUUUACAAGGAGCCGGAUAACUCGAAGAUAUACGCAGAUCUAAUGAAAGCAAGAGCAAUGACAACUGUCCUCUUUGUUAUGUUUAAACACUCCGCGGAAUCCUGUCUUGCCGAAGACGCUCUUAGAUGUACGGCAAACUGUGCGGCAAAUGAAAUGUGCGCAGCUGCCGUUCUUGAGCGCGGCGUGAACGUCAUUUGCAAGAGCAUUGACCCACUGUGGGACACUGGGCUGGACAGCCUUGGCCGAAUCAACGAAGCACCUUCGCCUCGUGUAGAUGUACCAGUAAGGAAAAGCCAUCCGCAUGACGGCGCUUCGCUGGCCAGACAGAUGACUGCGGCUGCCAGCGUGCCUUUGAGCGCAAGGGGUGCAAACCCUCUUCAUUUGUAA